AAUGCAGCUGAGCACGGAGAAACUCCUCUGCUGUGGGAUGGUUGAGCACCCGCAGAGUCUGGGAACUGGAGACUUCUUGGGAGGGGAAUAGAAGCAUAUAUUAAAGAACUGGGUUCAGGUCAGGAAUGCCCCGAAUCAUCAGGAUGUUGUGCACCAAGUGCACGGAUGCUCUUGUGGGGGGGGGGGCAGAUGAUGUUGUGGUCUCAGAUGGUGAGCAGGGAAGGCCCUUGUACAAGGCCUGGUGUUCUGGAAGAGCCCCUCGAGUCGCCAUCCACAGGGGGUCCUUUGGAAAUACUGGGUGGCAAGGGAAGAACCAGAAGCAUGGCAGCCUUGCGUAAAGCUGGCAUGGGGAGCGGGGCUCAAGAGCAAGGUCUCAGAGCGAGCAGGUGUUGCCAGCAAGGCACCUGGUGCAGAAAGUGGCUUCACUAAGCUUAGAAAGAAUGCUGCCCUUUCCUGCCUGUCCGCAGCAAACAUCUGAUGCGUGAAGUGCUGACAGGGAUGACCCAGGGGCCUGCAUCCCAAUGGCAUCCUCACAGCCCCUGGAACUGACAGUCUUGGAGAAUGGUCCAGGGCCCAGCCGAAGAGCCCCACAAGGAGGGCCUUCAGCACCAUGGACAGAUCCCAGCACAGGAAUUGAGAAUGCCUCCUACCAGGGUGAGGAGGAAGAGGAAGAAGAGGAGGCUGAAACCUCCUUCCGGAGUGGUCAAGGCCCUGCAAGCAGUCUCCGGGACCACACAGCUCCCCCUAGGGGGGACCUCUCUCCAAGGUCAGAGGAUGGCCCUUUGUCGGACGCAAGCGGCAACUCCGUGGACUACGGCUUCAUUUUGGCUUUGGUCUUCUUGGUGAGUGGGAUUUUGCUGGUGAUUGUUGCCUACAGCAUCCCACGGGAGGCACGGGUCAACCCAGAUUCGGUCUCUGCCAGGGAGAUGGAAAGGCUGGAGAUGUAUUAUGCACAGCUGGGUUCCCACUUGGACAAGUGCAUCAUCGCCGGCUUGGGGCUGUUGACUUUAGGGGGGAUGCUUCUCUCCAUGCUCCUGAUGGUCUCUAUUUACAAAGGGGAGCUCUAUAGGAGGAGGACCUUCCCAGCUUCCAGGGCUCCCCGGAAGACCUAUGGAUCGAUAAACCUGAGGAUGAGGCAGCUUAAUGGAGAAGGGGGGCAAACCUUGGUUGAGAAUGAGGUCAUUCAGAUGACGGAAGCUGCAAGCAGCCACCAGAACUGCUGAUAUUUCAUCGCAAUAUCAGUGUCAUGUCUGACAGGGCCCUUCCUGCUUCUGUUUAAAGUUCUGUGGUCAAAGAAAAUGUGUUCUAGAUUUUUUUUUUUAAAAAAAAGGUCCAGUGGUCAUAUUUAGCGAUAACUUCAUACCUCAAAGAAGAUCAGGGGGGAAAAAAUUGGGAAUUUCACAUCCUACAACACAUUCAUGCCAGGAAGCUGUUUCAGUCCAGUCUCAGGCAUAAACUGAUGAUCCCUCAUUUGCUAACACACACACAGCAAGAAGUCCACAGGAACAACCUUUGGGACAUUAAAUGUUACUUUCUAUUCCACUGGAGUAGGAAUUUCUUUCUGAGGCACCGAGUCUAGAUUUCAAAGAAAACAUCUGAGCCUCCUGCAAGUUUUCUGUGCUAUGUACAGUUCUGAGAUUUACUCGCUUUAGCUCUUUGACUGUCAUACAACCAAAUAGUCUAUGCUGGAGAAACAGAGCCAAAGUUACAUAUCAAUCCUCUUUGCAUUUAUUUAUAUACUGCAAGCACAGUUUAAGGCCUGUACUUUGCAGCUAGGCUACUGGAUUUUUCUGCGGCCAACAACCUGUUAGCAAUAGUUCAGUCUGUAAGAUAUGUACUGCCAAACCUCGCCACCCAUCUUCCCAGCAAAAGGCCAGAAGAAUGCAUUCGGAUGUGAUGCUGUUUGUACGAUCUUUCUUGGUCUAAGGUCUCGUUGCAUCACAAUGUUUGCAUUUCUAACACACCUUCAUUGUGCAAGUAAAACCUUAGUGGAAAACCCACUGGCUGACUCAUAAGCACACAACCCACACCAGCAAACCCAAGUCCUGCAUCUCAAGAAUGCCACUUUCAAAACCUUCCUCUGUCUUUGGUAAAAAGGAGAAGGAAGCAAAUGGCAACAACCUCCAGUCAUUUUCCUUGUUAGUGAGGAGCCUGUUUCUACCAAGUCACCUUCCUUUGAUGUCAAAAACCUUCACUGCAAUUAGGAGAUAAAAUUACAUCUUGGAUACAAAGCAUGAAACAUUAAUGAAGGCCAGCAUGAGGCCAGUGGAGAGGCAAGUGUGUCAGCAGGAAGUCUUAAAAUGGAAAUAACUCAGAUGGCCCAAGAGAAGGUGACCUCUAAAAGGUACGGCUGCUGGGGAGAAAAAUUGCUGUUCUCAGCCAAAUUCUAAAAUGUGCAGCCAUGUCCCAGGAAAUACAGAUUGCACAGUGUUUGAGCCUGCAGUGAACCAAGGGAAGACACCAUCACACUGAAUGCCAUCAAAUUGCUCCUGCCAGAUUUAUCUGCCUUUAAAACUUGCCUUAGAUUUCCGCCCACCCCUUGUACUGGCGAUAACGUUAUAAUUGGAAAGGGGAGGGCAGGAUAUUGUUUCAAUAGUAACUGGAGAUGGAGAGCAUGAGAAAAGUCCUGCUGGGUCAUCAGGUUGGAACUGCAUAUGCAGCAAACUGAGCUCAGAUUGCUGGAGUAUAUAGGGAGCUGUCUUCCCUGUAACAGGGAUUCCCAGAUGUUGUUGACUACAACUCCCAUCACUCCCAGCUGCCACUUCAACACUUGGUCACUUCAUUCCGCUGCAUGGGCAGUUCAGGCCUCGGUGCUGGUGGGAAGCAGGCUUGUCGAGAUCUGCAGGCAACCCUGUGCAUGCACCUCUGAAUGCACCCAGGCUCCCCACAUGUGAACCUCCCUCUCCAGUUUGGGUGUCCAUGUAGAGGUCCCUGUGGAAAUGGAUGUGUGGAGGUCAGGGGUGGGGCAAACAGGCACAAUGGCGGCACCAGGAAAAAAAAACUGAGGGAGAGCUAUAGUCUGGGGUCUAGAGGCCUCCUCCAGCCUCAGAGGCAAGAUGCCUCUAAACGUCAGUUGCAGGGGAGCCACAACAGGAGAGAAGGCAGGCCCUCACCUCUUGCCCGGGGGCUUCUCAGAGGCAUCUGGUAGGCCACUGUGUGAAACAGGAUGCUGGACUAGAUGGGCCUUGGGCCUGAUCCAGCAGGGCUGCUCUUUAUGUUCACAGAAGGGGCAAAGUGCAUUUAUAGAUGGGCAAGCUGUGUCCCACAAGUUAGAUUUCUGAAACAGAAAUGGGGGGCCCACUGGGGAGCAAACUAUGUGUCUGAGAGGGUGCUUGCCCCCCCCCUCCUGGUGCUGGCCUUAAACAGGCUUCCUCGGUCCAUUCAUGUGUGAGCGGAGUCAUCAACAUGGCUUCAGUUAAGAAUAAUUGGGAUUCCCAUUGACGGUACCUGUGUUUAGCCUUGUUUCAGACAGUUUAGCUAAGCCACUAAGCAGUUGCCCAGAGAUAAGUAGGAAAGAGAAGGUUGUAGGAAGGAUGCAUCAUUACUCUGCAUACUCCACUUUUUGACAACUGUAUCGUGGUCAUUGGGCACAGGAUACAACAUCUAGAGAACCUCAGCUUUUGUUUUAACAGAACAAGUUGCUAGCCCUUAAGGCGGCACAGGUAGGCUGGAGGGCUUCUGGAUGAUACCUGGGGACAUUUCAGAAGUCAUAUUCUGGGCUGAGGUGACCUGUCUCCACCUCCACCCAAACGAACAUCUAAAAGGUAUUAUCUAGAAGCUCUCCAGUCGACCUUUGCAGCCUUAAGGGCUAGAAACUUGCUUGGUUGAAACAAAAUGCAAGUGUUCUCUCGAAGAAAAGAGCCUUCAGCGUCCUCCAGCCAGCCAUGUAGCUUUGGAGCAGGGUCAGAGUCUCCACAUCAGAGCACCAGUACUGGAUAUCUGGGGCAGGAGACUGGGCUUAUUCCACUGAAGUCCAUGGAAGCUGCAGCUGCCGGCGGGGAUGGGGUUCAACCCAUGGCUCCUCCUGCUUCCCUGUGUUUGUGUCAGGCCUUGGUGAGGCCAGGCUUCAGGCAGCUGGCUGCCCAUCCAAAUGGACCAAGGGAGUACAUGGCCCCAAACAGGCAGAGGUCAAGAUUCAAGGCAUCAUGAGAGGGUUUCGUGGGGGGUGGGCAGAAGCAGGGCUGUUGUUCCCAGAAGGCAGAUGUCAAGGCAACACUCAGUAACAGGGGGGCACUGCAGUCCAGGCAGCAUCCUUAUGCUAGAGAGGAAACUCUUGGAUGAAGACGCGAGCUCUGCAGCCCGGGCUUUAUAGUGCCUGCUGGGUCGCCAUUGGCCCUUGGGGGGUCAGCUGACAGGCAGCUCAGGCGGGUUGGUACUGCAGCCUAGAGGGCGCCCUUGAACUGCAGAGAUCAGUGCCAGGCUCCAAAGGGGGCAGAGCAGUUGUGGGGUGGGAGCUGGAAGGGAGGUGAGGUGGUGGAGCUGGGUUGCUGGGAUCCCCAGAAGAAGACCCCCCUCCCCCCGCCCCCACCCGCUGUGCCUUAGCAUGAGAGCCCUCUACUUUACCAUACGGCUAGGACUGGCAGUCCACAAAACCUGGGCUAGAGGGCAGAGGUGAACCUCAGGCUGCUGGUUAUCCACCCCUACCCUUGAGAAUGUCUGCACGACUCUCCGGACUUCCAUCGUGACAUGCAGUGGCCUGGCUGUUCUGCAGCAGUUCCUGUCGCAGGUCUGGUUGUGCUCACAGCACAACAACGCACGACGACACAGCCAACCUGGGUCUUUAAAUGUAGGUCAGUUCCAAUCGUGUAUAGAGUGGGGUCUGGGAGGAAGCAGCGGAAAUUGCCCAAAGGAGAUGGCAAGUCUGAAAUGACUAGGACAGAAGGAAUCCAUUUUGAUGGUCGGGUUUCUUUGGGUAAGCUAUCAAACAGAUGGGUAACCACUGUGCACAGCUCCCACUCAUUUCAAGGGGGCAUGUGCAGGAGACCUUCCCAUUGGGUUGUGCCCAUAGUUGUUGGGAGGGAGAGAGAGGGUCAGUGCACACAGGCAUGUCUAUUGCUGGCUCUCUCAGAGGCAUAGUUCAGCCAGGGGUUUCUGAACCUAGCCACUAGGGGUGGCUUUUCUCCCUGGAGUCUCUCCUCUGAGGUGGAUUUUUGCCCAGUUGGAUUCCAGUGUCAGGAUUGAUCCUGACUUGAAGAAAAGCACCACAAUAUUAUAGGAACAUAGGAAGCUGCCUUCUACUGAGUCAAACCCUUGGUCCAUCUAGCUUAGUACUGUCUACCCAGACUGGCAGUGGCUUCUCCAAGGCUGCAGGCAGGAGCUUCUCUCAGCCCUGUCUUGGAGAUGCUGCCAGGGAGGGAACCUGGAAAGCAUGCAGGUGCUCUUCCCAGAGUGGCCCCCUGAUCCCCUAAGGGGAAUAUCUGACAGUGCUCACGUGCAUCUCCCAUUCAAAUGCAAACCAGGGCAGACCCUGCUUAGCAAAGGGGACAAUUCAUGCUUGCUACCACAAGGCCAGCUCUCCUCCCUUUAUGUGUGUGGGGAUGUAGGGGGUGAAAGGUCAGGCAGAGGAAGGCUCAACAAUCUCCACGUGCCUUUUUAACACUUAAAAUUGUACACACACCCCCACACACUUUACAGAUGAUCAGGACAGACAUACCAGGGAUGGUCAGCCUGAGGCUGUUGUAUUACAAUGACCAUCAUCUCCAGCUGCAAUUUAUUCUAACUAGGGGUGAUGGGAAUUGUAGUCCAACAACAGCUGGAGAACCUCAGGAUGGACAAACUGGCAUUAUACCAAUAUAACAUCACCUGAAUCACAGCAUGGUAAUUUCUAAUCUUGUUCCCUUGAAACAAUAAUCUGGGAUGAAUUAAAACAUCCCCUUGGGGUAUCUGACAGACCGCCAUCCAUCAGGGCACUGCAGAAACGCAAACCUGUCGAGUGAACAUCAAUUGCUUUCGCUUUCAAUAAGAUUAAAUGCCCUUCAGAAGAGCUCAAGUCCUUAGAGAGAUUAGAUCUGCAGAAGGUCCCCGUUGAUUGGCGUUGGAGAGACGCUGAGCUUUGUAUUAAAAUGUAAAGCUCUUUCGCAUGGACUUUAAUGGAAUCAGCUCCAUAUUACGUUGUCACCAUCUUGCCAUAUUAUCCCUUAAGGAUGCCCUGAAGAUUGUACUGAUGGCAAAAAUCCAUUCCCCGACUGAAACAGGAAAUGUUUCACCCCAAUACAUACCAAAAUUGGAAAAGGAAAACCCGCCAGAGAUUAUCUGCAGCAUCUGAACUGACGAGGCCAGAAAGAAUGCAUACUGAUGGUAGGUUUUCUUUGGGCAAGCUAUUAAAUAUGUGGGUAACUUUCUUGCACAGCUCCCAUUCAUUUCAGUGGGGUGUCUGCAGGAGAACUUCUGACUGGAUUGUGCCCAUAGUUGCUUGGAGGGAGACAUUAGGUAUAUUGCUGGCUCUUUCAUCGCUUAAUUGGCCAACAUAUGAUAACUGCCAGCCAAAAUGUGUGAACUACUCCCAGUGGGACUUUGCGUGAUACACAUGUUCUGCCUGCAGUGAUUCACCUGUGAUGGUUUGAUCCCACAUGCAAAUCAUCCUUUUAUGUUACAACCAACAGACAUGUAUCGACCAUCCCACAGAAUCUAUAUAAUUAUUUCUCUUAGCCACCCACCGUGGGGAUGCGUGUCUUCAGGGCGGAACUCUUGUGCAGAACUCUCGCGACACGCUGAGAGAGUUCCCGGCAAAGAUGGGAGCGAGGACGGAGAAAUUGGGGCCCGAUUGGGAAGGAACCGCAUGAGGGAGGCGGUGGGCCCAGACGCGACGGGGAGGCAGCGACGCGCCCGGCUGCGGUGGUGGCGGUUUCGGGCCCGGCUGCGGUGGCGAGGUGGCGGCGGGGUGAGGAGGUGGCUGGACCACCAGGAAGAGGAGACGGACCAGGAGGGAAUGGACCGGCUCUAAAGCCGGCCAGAAAGUGCGGGUGGGGAGUGGGGGGAAGGACCAGCCCGGGCAAGAAACGCCGGCCCCAAAUACCGCACAGAUGUUCUGUGUGAGGUCGGUUAGUGGGUAGAAAACGGUAACUUUUGUAGGGGCCAAGUCUCUUUAGUGCUCAACAUCUGCAAGCUCUCAAGUUACAGGAAGCUCUUAGUUCAAAGGUGUUCAGAACAAAGCAAAGUGGAGGUGAAUUCAGUGGUUGACACCCUGACUAAGUUCCUCAUUGGCGCUCUAAUUGAAAUUAGGUUGUUUAGAGUUACUUCUGAGUAGUACUACAGAGUAACGUAGUCUGGAUGUCAGCCACAAAUGCUUACAUGUAACAUCUGGCAUGCACAGCAAGGCACAGAUUUAAUCCAAACUGCCUGCGAACAAGUUAUUGAAAAGACGCCACACCUGGAUUGUCAAUGUUACCUUCUACCUGGCAAUUUUGCUGCAGAAGAGCGCGUGGGACUUGAAAACUCCAGUGAAGUAUCCCAUGAAGCUGCUGGCUCAGGGAAGGGGACGACAGCCACUUCUAGAAUUUUGGGGGCAAAUCUACCCUACACUAGCAAUCCACUCUGCCCAGAGACUCCUUGGGACUGCAGUUAUGGGAAGGAGGCUAUAGUAGGGCUCUUUAAUUUUCAGCAUCGUCCCUGAACUUCAGUUCCCAGGAUUCUCUGGGGAAGUCAUGACACACAAAGGUCAUGUUAUCUGAUGCACGUGUGUGUAGUGCUGCUCUGCUCUCACAGUCUGUGGAACUGGUGGAGUGCUAGCAUCCCAACAGAAUGCUUCCUAGAUCGAUACUGUUAAAUAUUUGAGGGUGUGCCAUCAAAGACUACAUCACAGUGCUCUGGAACCCGUCCUCUUUUAUGCUGCAAUUGAUUUUUCCAUUCUUGCUUCCUUCACUAGACACGCAGUGAGUUUAUGCUUCCAAAUCUUUUGACUUUGGUUCUUUGGCAUGAGGCAUGCCGCUGGAAUUCAGUUUCCUGGAUGUCUCCUUUUUGGAUGCUGACAUUCCAAACAACCUAACCUAGUUUCCGAAGGGAAAUGAAGGAACUCUCCAUUCUUCCAUUUUUAAAGUUUCUGAGUUUUGUACACAAGAAUACUUUUUAUGCAUAGUUUCCUCCAGCUUUCGUUUCCUUUGCUUCAGUUGAAUUAUCCCCUCAUUUUUAUAUUACAUAGGCACUUUUUUUGGAGGGGAGCGUGCAGGAUUUUGUUAUCCACAACUAAUGCAGAGAACCUGAGCCUCUUCAGCUGUAGUUGGACUACAACUCCCAUCACCCACUGCCACAAUAGUCCAACAGCAGCUGGAGAGUGUCAGGUUGGCCCUCCCUGAUAGAAGGAAAGCUGUGGCAAAUCACACGCGCUCCAUUUCCAGAACCCACUUUAGUUAUCCAUUCUAGAGUCUCCAUUCUAGAUUUCUACAUUCCAGAAAUCCAUUCUAGAUUUCCCAUGUCUUAGCUUUCCUAAACCAGAAUUUAGGAGGAGGGGAACACAGGGCAGAGCAAACCAGAGGAACACUAAAGGGGUGGAAAGGAGGAUAUCCACUCAUUCAGAUCUCCACCAACCCAUGGUCAAGCAGGAGCAAUAUCAGCACAGUCAUUACUUGCAGAUGCUGGUAUAUACCUCAUGGUUUCCAUGCUGCUUGGUUUGCAUCAGGGCGGCCCUUUCAUGAGGCAAGGUGAGGUGGCCCACCUGAUGACUGGCCAGCCUGCAGACAGCCCAGCUCUUGGGCGGCCACCAGGAAGCACCUUCUCUUGCCUCCCCCCGCCCCCCCGCCCCCCGGCUGGUUAGGACAAGCCGCCUCUUUCCACAGAAGUUUUUGUUUUUAUGACAAAGUGGACCUAGACAGAGCACACUCUUUGUCCAAAGUUCUUCCUUUGGAUCUGAUCCACGUGUUUCAUUUUUGACCCAAGACAGUCAACCUGAAAUGCAUUUGCCAGGUCAAUUUCAUGCGGGGGGGUGUGUGUGUGUGUGUCUUGGGAAUGCAGCCCCACAGCUGGUGUUUGAUAUACCAAAUGCAUGUGGGCAGAUUCAUAAGAAAUGGUCAUGAUUGCCCACACUCAAUGAAAAGGACAGAAUCAGGCCAUAGCCUUGAGAAUGGGGCUUGAUUCCAGUUGGGUGUCAGGUGAGCAUCGGGUUGCUUCACCAUUCCCUCCCCUGACAAGCUGACGAAUGCAAGAUGUCUUAGCAUGCAGAGAUGAUACGCAAACUGGAACCAUGGGUUGUGAGAUGUGUGUAACCUUGAUGUAAUUUCCUGCCUGUAAGAGCGGUUUGCCAGUGGAACAGCCUGCCUCAUGCUGUGGUGGGCUCUCAUUUCCUGGAGGUUUUCAGACAGAAGCUGGGUGGUGGCCAAAUGUCAGGAAUGCUGCAGCAGUUUCCAGCACUGGGCAGGAGGUUGGACGAAAAGCCCUUCGAGGUCCCCUCCAACUUGGACAUUCUGUGAUUCUUUGACUAUAUUGUGCUUGCGAUUACAGCAGCUACAGGGCACACUAUAUAUUUCACAAAGGCAGGGCAGGGUUUAUUUAUUUAUUUAUUUAUUUGAUUGAUUGAUUGAUUGAUAUACCGCCCAUCCAAAAAUGGCUCAGAGCAGUUUAUAAACAUAGUAGCCAUGUUUAUUCUACAGAAGCAGAUUGUGUUGGUGGUGGUUCUGAUGCCCCCUAACUGGAGGACGAUGUUUUCCUGAAUGCUCUGGAAGUGGACGUGGGUAUGUCCCUGGAGAUGAUGGUGCUUAAAGGAUUGUAAAGUUAGAAAGUAAGUAGGUAGGUAGAUAGGUAGGUAGGUAAGUAGGUAGGUAGGUAGGUAGCAUGAAAAAAAUGGGGGGCAGGGGAGAGGCACCAGACAGCAUGGGAAUGUGGUUAUAUAAAGCACUUGUAUAUGGGUAUGUGGCAGGAAUUCACUGCAUGGGAAAAGUGAAAAUUCAGACAAUUGAGGGACAGGAAGAAAAGAUGCAAUAAGCCCUAUUCAAACAUUAUGCUGUACGUGCAUCUAGGUCUCUGCACACACGCAAAUGUGUUUGUGUGAAUGGUUGUACAUGUGUUCAUCUUAAAAGGAAACCUGGGUUCAGGCCCUCUCAAAUGCAGCGUACAGAUAGGAAGUGUACUGUUCUGGGUGUGUUGAGUGUCAUGCAUGAAGAACUGUGCCUGCGUAUGGAUCUGUAUGGGCACACUGUGUACAGAUUGUAUGUGCAUUGGUGAUAGUGUGUGGAUAGGGCUACAGAGGCAUAUUCUUUGUUGUCUUUCUUUAAUAGCUGCAUCAAAGGGGAUAUUUUUGCUUUUUUCACACCUAUGUUGUAUCCAGUGCACCUGCCACAAAUGUCUUCUUCUAUGCAAUUGUUAAAGAUCAAGGAACGCCCCCCCCCCUCAAAAAACAACAACAACAGAUAAGUAAGUGUGUGUGUGUGUGUGUGUGUGUGUGUGUGUGUGUGUGUGUGUGAAGUUGGAAAAUAAUGAUUUAUAAAAUUUAUGAGGAAGUUUAUAAAAUUAUGACCAAUGUGGAUAGAUUCCCAUCCACCACCCUCUCACCCCACCUUCUCACAUCUUAGCACUUGGGUUACUCAACCAAGCUGAUUGGCAGGUUCAGUACUGACAAUUUGUUUCCACACAGUGUAGAUUUAACUUAUGGAAUUCACUGCCACAUGAUGCAGCAUUAGCCACUACCCAUAGCCAAAUGGCCUUGAAAGAGAAUUAGAAAAAUGGAUGGAGGACAGAUCCCUCUGUGGCUAUUAGCCAUGGUCGCAGUAGCGAUUGGUCCUAAUGAGCCAGGCGGGUGCCAAGGAGACAGCUCAGGUUGCUCUUUUCACUCCCGCCCCAUGCUACCUGAAGGCGGACCAUUUGUCAGGUAGAGCGAUGUGGCUAACUGUGUAACUCUACCUGACAAAUGGCCAGCCUGAAGGCAGCGCAGCUCUCAGGCAGGGCAGGAGAGCGAGUAGCAACCUGAACUGCCUCCUUUGGUGCCUCCCUGGCUCAUUAGCCUCCACUGCUACUGCAUGAUAGCUAAGUGGAACUUCCUUGUAAAGAGGCAGUCUACCUCUGACACAAAAGUGUUGUGGACAGAUUCCAGGGGAUGGCUCUCUUUUCCAGGCCCUUCUUGUGAGUGUCCCAGAAGCAUCUUUUUGCUUGCUGUUGGAGAUGGAAGAUUGGAUGGAAGAUAUCUUUGGUCCAAGCCAGAAAGGCCCUUUUUAUUUCCUCUGCAGCAGGGUGGCUAACCUGAGGCUUUCCAGCUGUUCUUGGACUACAACUCCCAUCAUCAUCACCUGCAGUUUAUUGCAGUUGGGGAUGAUGGGAGUUGUAGUCCAACAACCUGAUCUCCUUUCUUUGGGAUGGGGAAUGGGAAGCCAUGCUGUCAAUUCAAGCGGGAGAUGCAGGGCAUCAUCUGACACAAUCUUUCCCCCACAAGGAAAUGCUUUUUGUAAUGAUUUCUACAGCAAUAUUUUAAUUGAAGAGAGCAGAAAGGAGUCGUCGUCCAGUAUUCAGCUGAUAUAGAUUUUCAGAGAAAACUGGUUUUAGAGUGGAUUGACGGUCAUGGCUUCUCACUUCCCCACAGAACUCCGGGAAUUGGAGAGGUUUUUUUCCCUGAGUGCUGAGAACUCUUGCACGAAGAUUCCUAACCCUCCCCAUCAAAUAGAUCAAUUUCCACCCCACGAAUAACGUCCAGCAAAACAGGAGCAAGUAUAAUUGGUGUGUAAGCAGCCAGUGAGGGAUGUGGGGUCAUACAGAGAAGUCUUGGAGACACUUUCUUGAUGUAAUCAAGUCUAUGGGUAAAUGGGGAGGGGGUGGGAAGUGGCCAAGGGUCUGGGGAAGAUGGAAUUUCAAAAGAUAAGGGUUGCCAGACACCGAUGGCCAGAUGCAUGUCUUGGUGCAGGCAGGCAAUGUCCCUUUCAGUCUCCACUGGGGAAGCCGGUCAAUCCAUUUGCUUCUCCAGAGGACAACUGGAUGGCGUUAAAACAUACCGGAGAGCAGAGCUUCUCAACCCUGGUCCCAAGAUGUUGUUGGACUACAGCAGGGAUGUGCCCGAACCACAGUUCAAAGCACAGUUCGAGCACUUUUAGGGAAAUUCAAAAGGGAAUGUUAAGAAAAAGGAGAUUAGGUCUCUCAGCUUCCUGCUGGAGUGGCAUGCAUCUCAGUAGCCAUGAUAACCACACACAUGGUGUCCGCGCAUGUGUGGAUGCCAUGUGUUUGCUGAUGCCGUGCAGGGGUGGUGGUUAUUGGGAUGCAUGCCACCCCAGCAGGAAGCUGAAAGGGGCGCCGGGGAGCAGGUAAGGGGACCUGCUCUCCUUUAUCUUUAAGAUACAUUUCAAAUUUCCCUGAAAGUGAUUGAAUCAAACCGUGGCUCAUGCACAUCCCUAGACUACAGUUCCCAUCAUCCCCAGCCACAAUAGCCCUUGGGAUGUUGGGAUUUGUAGUCCAGUAACAUCUGGGGACCCAAGAUUACGAGCCCCUGCACUAGAGCCAAAGGAUACCAGCCUUGGUUUCUCCUCCAUAGGCUGGUUUUCUAGCGAAAAGGAACUUGUACAGAGGGGUAUUCUAUCAGGUGAGCCCCCACGCAUGAUCUGAAGUGAAGGUAAAGUGUGCCAUUGAGUCAGUGUCGACUCCUGGCAACCACAGAGUCCUGUGGUUUUCUCUGGUAGAAUACAGGAAGGGUUUAUCAUUGCCUAUUCCCUCACAGUAUGAGAUCAUGCCUUUCAGCAUCUUCCUAUAUAGCUGCUGCCCGAUAUAGGUCUUUCCCAUAGUCUGGGAAACAUACCAGCGGGGAUUCGAACCCACAAUCUCUGGCUUGCUGGUCGAGUCAUUUCCCCGCUGCGCCAUUAGGUGGCUGAAGUGGUCCAGCCCAAAUAGAGAGGAGAACAAGAUCACUGGUUUUACCUGGGAGUUCUUCACCCAGCAGGCUUCACUGCAGGUUUUCUGUGAGUCUCUAUUGCAAACUCGAAGUUGCCCCCGCAAAAAUGAUGCAAAAAGUGCAUUUCUUUUUACCCCGGAUGUAAAUUGGAUUGCACUAAUGCACAAUGAAAAACCUGAAUUGUGUGUGAAUUGCUCCCCUCCCCAAUAACUCGCAGGGACUUCGGAGUAAAUCUGGCCAAUAUGUGAUUAUGCCCCCUCCAUUCCGGAGGAGAUGUGAGCUAAAGGGCUUUAGAAGCCCCGUGUGAAAAACUCUCUGCUGCAGACUCUAAAUGAGCCAAUGAGAGGGUGGGAUGCUGGUAGGGGCUUAAAAACAGAAUAAAUCACAGUCAAUAAACAGCUGCCUCUGUUCUCUAUCCAGGGCUGGUGAUAAUACCGGACCUUAAAUAAAAAUAAAAUAAAAGAUGAGCUGUGCCUUAAGCCUCCAGAAAAAACUCAGAAGAAGGGGAAGGACGGAUCUUACUUGGGGAAAUGACUAAGCGAAGCAAGUUGCCUCUAGAAACGUCCAUCAUUCCUCGUUCUCACAAAACAACUGAGGCUUGCUUGGCCCACUUACGCCCUCCCUUCUUGGGCCAUGAACUGUUACUGAGCUUCAUUCUCAAGCAGCGCUUUCCACAUAUCUCCGUCUUUCUUGCCCCAAAGCACAUCUGUAGAUCCAUCUAUGAGCAGUGCACAGGGCUUCCCCUUAAAAUUUGGUCCAAAUCUUUGGGCAUAUGUGCAAGUACGUCUGUUAAAAAAAAUAAAUAAGAGGACCUGCCACCUGGGCAAUGGAUUGUGGAGUGUGAUUGGCACCCAAUGCCACAGGUGAAGUUCUGGAGUGGGUGAGAGGAGAUGGGAAGAGGAGGGAUUCCAUCACCCCUUGGAUGGGAAGUGCAUGUUCAUGCCUAUCAGAACAGGAAGGGCCAUGCACAGCAGUGAUGUCCCACAUUUGGGCCUGACUGCAUUGACGUUCCUCAACUGCACCACAGCGACCGCCCAGUUCUCCGCAUUGUGUGUAUGGCCAUUUCCGAAUGCCCCCUUUCCCCUCCUGUUCUUCAUUGGACUACCCUCCUUUCCCUUCUCCUGCUCCUCCAUGGGCUCCUCCACAGGCCCGCUCCACUAUUCAUGGCAAUGGCCCAUCUUUCCCAUCCACUCUCGGGUGCUAUCCCAUCACCAUUCUCUGAGCCUCCUCUUCCCCCAGCCCAGCCAGCAUCCUUGUCUUGCCUACCUAAGAUUUCUAGGAAGGGGCCCAACCACUUCUGCUUUCUGGCACAUGGAUGGAGCUGUACGGAAGGCAAGCAGGAAGAGCCUCCACCAUCGUCCUCCAUGCAUCCAGAGAAGCAGAAGCCCAUGCAGGUGCAUAUGAAGCUGCCUUAUACUGAGCCAGACCAAUGGCCCAAUCUCUCCCAGCAUUCUCUCUUCCUACUCUAGCAGCUCUCCUGGGUCUUGGCCUUUCCAGUCCUGAGAUUCCUCUAGUCCUGGAGGAUGCAGUGAAGUCAAUCUGGGACCUUGUGUGUGCACGCCACACAGAUGCUCUAUCACAGAGUGAGGGGUCCUUCCUUAUGUCCCAGGUAGCCCACGCUUGGUUAAUAGUGGGGCGUUCAGGUUCCUGGUUAGCCAAAGAGGCCAUCAGGGUCUCUGCCUUAUAAAACUGUGCCCUUCCCUUAACUCCUUGAGAAGGGAGAAGUUACUUCUGUGGCCCUGAUUAUUUCAACAAGAGACAGAGGUUUUCUUUUGCUAACCACAGGUGGUGGUGGGGGGAAUACGGCAAUUAUUCAUUUCCAGAGUUUGUAAAAUAUUCUCAUUUCCAACAUGCCCGCCAGGCAAGCCGUCCGCAUUGUGCAACACAACAACAUCUUUCUUCUGAUGUGUGGUCAGCCUCAUAGCAAAAGACCAGUCGGUAGUAGUGGAGGUAUUUUAGCCAAUGUUUCCAAAAUGGUGUAUUUGUCAACCAUCAUUUUUCACUGUGUUCCUCUGUUGAAUUAAAGUUGAUCAUGUGAUACUCAA